CGCAGCGCUCUGUAAGCGGAAGGUCCGUUGACUUUUAGCGCUCGGGUACUUAUCAAAUCUCUGACCUUAUGAUAUCUCAGGAUAACAGCGCUGUCUGUCUCUGACCCUUAGCUCACAUUAACCUCUGUAUGAUUGUAAGUUCACUCAGAAUGCCUGGAUCACUUCCUAUAAGCUGUGAGGCCACAUGGCCUAAAGAUGUGGGGAUCAUUGCCAUGGAGGUGUACGUGCCUUCUCAGUAUGUGGACCAGACAGAACUUGAGGAGUUUGACGGAGCUGGAGCCGGUAAAUACACCAUCGGCCUGGGGCAGGCACGCAUGGGUUUCUGUACUGAUCGCGAGGACAUAAACUCUCUGUGCCUGACGGUCGUUCAGCGGUUGAUGGAGAGAAACGGCCUUUCGUAUGACAGUGUGGGAAGACUGGAGGUGGGCACGGAGACAAUCAUUGAUAAGUCCAAAUCAGUGAAGACUGUCCUGAUGCAGCUGUUUGAUGAAUCGGGCAACACAGAUGUGGAGGGAGUGGACACCACUAACGCCUGCUAUGGAGGAACCGCCGCUCUUUUCAAUGCCAUUAACUGGGUGGAGUCCAGCUCCUGGGAUGGUCGCUACGCUCUUGUGGUUGCUGGUGAUAUUGCCGUCUAUGCCACGGGCAGCGCCAGGCCUACGGGGGGAGCAGGAGCCGUGGCCAUGUUAGUCGGACCCAACGCCCCUCUAGCCUUUGAAAGAGGACUUCGUGGGACGCACAUGCAGCAUGCGUAUGACUUUUAUAAGCCAGAUAUGGUGUCAGAGUAUCCAGUGGUGGAUGGCAAGCUCUCUAUCCAGUGUUAUCUCAGUGCAUUAGAUCGAUGCUACUCGGUUUACAGGAAUAAAAUUCAUGCCCAAUGGCAAAGAGAGGGUAUUGAAAAGCGCUUUAAUCUGGAGGACUUUGGCUUCGUGGUGUUUCACUCUCCUUACUGUAAACUGGUGCAGAAAUCUUUUGCCCGUCUGAUGCUCAAUGAUUUUCUUUCUGAUCCGAGUCCAAACACAGACAGUGGACCCUUCAGUGGACUGGAAGCUUUCAGAGAUGUGAAGAUUGAGGACACUUAUUUCGACAGAGAUGUAGAGAAAGCCUUUAUGAAGGCCAGCACAGAACUGUUUGAGCAGAAAACAAAGGCAUCUCUCCUCGUAUCCAAUCAGAAUGGAAACAUGUACACACCAUCAGUGUACGGCUGCCUGGCAUCGGUCCUCGCACAACAAACACGGCAGCAGUUGGCAGGUCAGAGAAUUGGUGUGUUUUCUUAUGGCUCAGGCUUUGCUGCAACCCUUUACUCCAUCAAAGUCACACAAGAUGCUACACCUGGGUCUGCCCUGGAUAAGCUGGUCUCCAGUCUCUGUGAUCUACAGACCAGACUGGACUCCAGAAAGAAGUUUUCACCCGCUCUGUUUGCUGAGAACAUGAAGAUCAGAGAAGAAACUCACCAUUUAGCAAACUACAUCCCUCAGGGUUCUGUAGAUGAUUUAUUCCCAGGGACGUGGUACCUCACUCGGGUGGAUGACAAACAUCGCAGACAGUAUGCCAGAUGCUCUCUGAAUGAUGAUAGACCUUUGGAGGCAGGUUUCAUUGAUUCCAGCAUUACAACUGAGCAUAUUCCCAGUCCAGUAAAGAAGAUGCCCCGUAUCCCAACUACCACAGCUGGUACUGAGGUGGUCGUCUUUAGUAACGGGGAUCAUUGAGUUCACCUCUGUGAGGUGCACAUAAUAACAGAUCACAAUAUGGACACUCGGUCUGGAAAAGCAAAAAGCAAAUAGGGGUCCUGGAACUGUUACUGCCUUUAUUUCAAGGCAUAUUAAUGAGACACACAGCUUUUAAACCGUUCCCAGACAGGAUUUGUUUGACCAUCACUGUGUUUUAUCUGGCAGAAGCGUUUGUAUGUGGAGAGGGGUUUCUGCGGUGGAUACAAACUGAAAUAUUCCCAUAAACUUUGCUGCUCCAAGUGGUCUAUGCAGAUAUCCUGAAUUGUUUCAUACUUUAAUUUCAAAUAUCAAUCUGCUGGCAUUGCAUUAAAUUAAUACAAAAUAAAAGAAAACAAGUUUUAGGAUUGUAAGGACCAUGAGGUUCAAUUUCUUUGUGAUUUUCAUGUUUCUUGUUCCCCAUCAUUUGUCAGAAUACCUCAGUAAAUCAUUAUUAUAUAAGUUACGUUAUGUCAGAGAGCUUUGCCGGGACAUACUAAUGAGCCAUAAACUUUAAAAGUUUUUAUUAAACCAUAAUGAUUGUUCAGUUACUACACGUCUGACUUGUAUUAGAACAAAAUAAGCACUUAAUGUUAAGUGAAAUGAGUAAGAUCUAAAUUAAGAAUAUUGUUUGUUGUUAGUGUAUAAUAGUAACCUGAUCAAUGAUGAUUUCAGUGUGUUCAUCAGUCACAGAUGGAAUCUUAUGGACAGCAUUUUGAAUGGACAAUAAGUAGGAUUUUCCCCCAUUUAGUUGUGAAAUUGUAUUUUGCAUUCAAGCGAAUAGUGCUCUCUAGCGCCUCGCUUUUCCAAUACUAACCCUAAUAUACUUUUUUGGUCAGUUUCCCAGACAGGGUUUAGAUUAAUCCAGGUCUAGGCCUUAGUUAUGUUGGGACAUUUAAGUAGUGUUUACAAACAUACCUUAUAAAAAACAAUACUGGUGUGCAUCUUGAGACAAAGCAAUGCCACUGAUAUAUGUUAAAAUAUGUCAGUGCAAGAUGUUUUUAAAUUAAGCAUCUCAAACAUGCAGUUUAGUCUGGGACUAGGAUAAACACUGUAUGGAAAACCGCCACUUAAAGUUUCCUUUAGAUCAUUAUUUAAUCCAUUGCGUUUAUGUCAGUAUCAUGAAAAGGGAGUGCUUCUGGUCUACAUUGCAUUCCAACUCCUGCGAGCCUUAUUGUGAGCAUGUAAAAACAAAAGAUUUAUUUUGAGAACUAUAUAUAGAUAUAUUUUUCUUUUCAUUUUGCUGCCAGGACAGGUUGACUGUAAGGUUAUCUUCAAACCACCCAUGUUUACAAGAAAUUUUUCAUGAUAUCAGUUAAUAUUAACAAUUGUCAGUGAGUACAGCACUAACUGUAAAAUUGUUUAUACUUGUUAAUGCACAAGUUAGUAUCUUAGCAGUUGUAACUUAUGGAGAACAAAUUGCAUAGAAAAUACAUCACAUAAUUGAAAAUAGAAAUAUGGGAAUCUGCUAAUACUUUAUGAACUGAAAAUUAAAUGUUUAUUUGCAGAUUA